UCCCGCAGAAUCAGAGACGCGACAGAAGCCGAUAAGAAGCGUUGUUUUGUUAACUCUCCUUUUGAAAGCACCCGUGGGAUCAAAAGUAUUUUAUCAGCUUUUCUCUGAAGUCGGACACGCAUUUGGAUAUAUCCCGCGUGAUAAGACGCGGUAUUUGUCAGUUGUCCCAACCGAAAUCGAGGAGUUUAUAUUCUCUCGGAUCAGCCCGUUUCAUGCGACUAGACGUUCUCCAUCUGUCCCAUCUGCACUACAGCACGACAGGACGGUGAACAUCACUAGACAUUUACGGAUAGAAACUGGACGACUCGCUGUGAUUUGAAUGCCUUUGCAAGGACUUUGCUGGCUUGUGUGCUGCAGACAAGGCUUCAGUUUGCUGGCUCGGGAUCAUGGGGAGAAAGAGGAGGAAGAGUCCUUCGAGUUACGCAAUCAGGACGAGCACACGCAUACCGGACGGGGGCAACUAGAGGUCACUCUGUCUCAGCCCACUCGCACAGCCAACGGCACACCCUGUCUGUCGGGAGUUCCUGAGGAGAAGAGAAGUCUCAUCACACAGAAGAGCAAGAUGACGAUGGACGAAGACCCUGAGGUGCUCGUGAAGGGCUGGCUCCUGCGGGAGGUGCAAGGAGGUUGGCUCCGGCAGAGGAGGUUCUGGUUUGUGUUGACAACAGACUCGCUUGACUACUACAGCGGCCCGGACAGAGAUGCUCGCAGACUGGGCACGCUUGUACUUACAUCACUCUGUUCAGUGCUUUGGCCGGAUAAACACACCUACAAACAGACAGGUUACUGGAGUCUGACAGUGUAUGGACGCAAACAUUGCUACAGACUCUUCACAAAGCACUACAAUGAGGCGGUGCACUGGGCGUGUGCUGUACAGAAAGUCAUAGACAGCAAAGCGCCGGUCGAAACACCAACACAGCUCCUCAUCCGAGACAUUGAGGAGAAUAAAUUCAAUCCAGAGGUUGUGGAACACAUAUAUGAUCAUAAUCCCAUCUUGAGGUACACGCAGAGCCCCCUCUACGCCCCACUGCUGCCUUUCCCCUACGGCAGCCUUCACCACACACAUAUGGCAGGUAAAGGCUACACAUCCAUCCGUGAAGAGGCGGUGAGGCUUUUUAACUGCCUCCAGCAGUUGGAGUCAGCUCGUGAGCCCAUUCCUCUCAUACAGGGGAUCCUCCAGACCUGCCUCGACCUCCGACCGCUCAGAGAUGAGCUCUGCUGCCAGCUUAUCAAACAGACCAGCGUCACCAACUCACGUGUGCAAACGCAAACGCAGACGCAGCCGAAUCCACAGCUCAGAUACUGGCAGCUGCUCACCUGCAUGAGCUGCACCUUCCUGCCCAGCUCCAGCAUACUCAAAUACCUGCGCUUUCACCUGAAGAGGGUUCAGAGUUUGAGUGUGGACCCGGAGGUGGAGAGCUACGCGUCCUUCAUAGCCCAGGCUCUGGAGAAGACGCGCGGCCGUGAGUGUGUGCCCUCGUGGGAGGAGAUCCAGGGGCUGAUGGGAAGGCAAGAGAUACUGUGUACUGUGCACUACCCUGGACCGGGCUGCUGCCAGAUACCGAUCACCUCGCACACCACAGCUAAUGAGGUCGUGAGAAAGAUGGCGGAACGCCUUGGGCUGCAGGACAGCCGAAACACAUUUGCUCUUUUUGAGCAGAAUGCAUGCUGGGAAAAAGCUAUUGGAGGCAGCACCAUAAUCGCUGAUGUCAUCACCAGAUUUGAAAAUUUGUCAGCUAAAGAUCCAGACUCUGACUGCCAGUGCCGACUCUGCUUCAAACUGUAUUGUCUGCUGGACACUGACAACAUCAGUACAGACAACAUUGAGUACCUCUUUCUCUAUGAGCAGUGUCAUGAGAUGGUGGUGCGGGGGCAGCUGCCAGCCUGUGAGGAUGACCUCCUUUCCCUGGCAGCGUUGAGACUGCAGUGUCUGCUGGGAGAUUUCAGCGCCCUCUCACCUUAUCCGCCCUUGGAGCAGCUCUUUCCAGCUGGAGUGGUGGAGGCCCGGGCCCUACUAGCCCCUGUCGACCCCCCUGGCUGCCCUUCCUUCCCUGGGGGUCUGCUGGCUGGGACACUGUGGGGACACAAGCGGCGACAGGAACAGGACCAAAGACUGCGAGCCAGACUUAGGGAGGAGGGAGCCGUGGUAAUGUCCGCCAUUUUGGAGCGCUGGAAAGCCCUGGCGGGAUACAGUCGCAGAGAUAGCAUGGCCGCCUAUCUCACCAUCGCCCGCCAGUGGUCGGGGUUUGGCUGUACGCUCUAUGAAGUGGACUUUUACAUCAGCUCGACAGGAAGCUUCUCUCAGAAGUUGUGGCUGGGCGUGGCGGCUUCCUGUGUGUCUCUGUAUCGUCAGGGUGAGGCUGAAGCGUUGGAGUCUCUGCCGAUUGGUCAGAUCUGUUCCUACGGCGUCUCUGAUAGCAACACAUUCAGGAUCACUGCAGGAGACAGAGAUCUGCUCUUCGAGACCUCCAAGCUGACUGAGAUCAUGCAGCUGAUGAAUGCUUACUUCAGUGCCACCCGUCGCCAGCUAGGCAAGGAUGACUGCAUCUCCAUGGAGACAAACCCUAAGCUCCACCCCUCCCUACUUGAGCUCCCCUCUCACCCGGUGUGAAGAGAGAAGGACUCGCGCGCACCCACACGCACACACUGACUCUGACUGAUGUACACGUGCAUAUGCAGUCCUGACUGAUUGCUUCCCUGUGAGGAGCUUGUGCAAGGAGGACGAACUCAGAUGAGACUGAAAGGAGCAGAUGCUGUGGAAAUGGAGGACAAGUGGAAGGUGUCCAGGGAGCCACAAACAGGGGAGCAGGUUCAGGAACUCACUUGCUACACCGCCAGCCAAAUCCAGAAAGGACACGGGGCCCUGAACCGGGCCCCUGCCAUCUGGGAACCCGCCAAAUAUCACAGACAGCGUAAUAACCUGACUUAAGAGAUGAACGGUGCAAAAAAUCAUUUUCUUAAGCAGUAUUUUUGCCUUGUUUUUUUAGUGAAUAUUUAAACCAUGGAAGCCCGUUUCCACCACUUAAUAAACUUUUUAAGACUUUUUUUCCUCAGAAUUGUGAGAUAUAAAAUUGCAAUUUUUUCUCCCGACUGUGCAAUAUAAACUCUGUAAAGACUUUUUCCCUCAGAAUUGCAUUUUUUUUUCUCGUAAUUCUGACUUUUAUCUUAGACUUGCGUGAAAUAAAUUGCAAUUGUGAGAUAAUAAAACUUAGAAUUGAGAGAUUUAAAAAAAAAAAAAACUUUUUUUCUCAGAAUUGAUGUUUUUCUCGCAAUUCUGACUUUUUUCUCAUAAUUUCAUGAAAUAAACUUGCAAUUGCAAGAAAAUAAAACAGAAUUGUGAGAUUGAAAAAAAAUUUGAACUUUAUUUUUCUCGUAAUUGACUUUUCUCGCAAUUGCGCGAUAUAAACUUUCGAUUCUGGCUUUUUCUUUUCUCAGAACUGACUUUUUUCUUGUGGUUACAGGAUAUAAACUUGAAAUUCUGAAGAAAAUAUCUUUUAUUCUCCUCAGAAUUGGACUUUAGAACUCUGAAUUGCUACGUUUAUAUCUCACAAUUCUGAGAAAAGUCAGAAUUGUAAGUUUGUAUCUCGAAAUUCUGACUUUAUAACUUGCAAUUUUGAUUUUAUCUCACAAAUCAGAAUUGUGUAAACACGCAAAUUGCAAGAAAAAAUUCGCAAUUACCUUUUUUUUUAUUGUUUAUUCAGUAGCGAAAAUGGGCUUCCAUAUUAAACAUCCUUAAAACAACAUGCAUUUAUUUUCACUUGCUUUGAAAAAUUAAAACACAUUUAAUUUUCUUUUAAAUUCAUCAAGUAUCAAGACUAAUUUUAAGACUAACCUUUUAAGGAAUUAAUAUCAAAUUAAGUUCCUUCUUAUUUUGCUUCUUGUGUAAGUGUGCUUUGUUUAAAGGAUGUUUAUUUUCUUUUUUAAAUGAGAAAACAUGACAAAAAUACCUUUUUUUUUUUUUUUUUUUUUUUUAAUCUUAUUUUUUUUGCACGCUGCCAUUGCACUCACACACAAUCACUCAGCUUUAAACGUUCCUUUCAAGACUCCGGCCUGGAUUGCCAUUAAACUCAUUAAACCGGACACAACCUUCAAAUGAACGCAGGUGCAAGUCACUUUCACGUCGACCUUCAGUACUGUCCAUUACUGAACCGACGGUGGUGCGUGUGUGCGUGAGAGACAGAUUUGAACAUUUUAAGCUGUAGAAACCAAAGGAUCUUUAGCUCGUCUGUAUGAUGUGAGUGUAUUUGUGAAAUGCUUUGAGCCCAACCUGGUGCUGCUUGACCGUGCUGUUAGCUUACAGUAACUCUGCACUGUGCGUCCUGUAGCCACAACAGCCUCAGAUCUUCAGAUCUGGCUAAAACCAACUAACCCAGACACCAAUUUGCAGCCUGGUACCUGUGAAGGUAAAUGACAUUUUGACAAAAAAAAAGACAAUUUUGGUUCAAACCAAGCUUCCCAGACCUCUCGAACACUUUUUCAAACACUGAAGAUAGACAAAUAAUCAACACUAUUGAUAUGCAACAUUGUCAUCCCGUAUUCUAAAGAUAGUACAUUUCCAUUUAAAAGAAUAGUUCACCCAAAAAUCAAAAUUCAGUUAUCAUUCACUCACCCUCGUGUUGUUUCAAACCUGUCCUUUUCAUCUUGCGGAACACAAAAGAAUAUAUAUAUCUAUGUAAUUUUGAUUUUUCCAUAUUAUGAAUGUAAAUUUGGUUCAAAACAGCAUUAAUUUGGACCCCACUGACAUUCAUUGUAUGGAAACAAAAAAAAAGCAGAAACCCCAAGACUCAAAAUAUCUUGUGUGUUCCACACAAUAAGAUCAGCAUGAAAGUGUAUAAAUGAUAACAGAAUUAUGAUUUUUGGGUGAACUAUCCUGUAACCUGUAGCCUCUGUCAGUUGUGCUUUUGUUAUGAAGCCUUAUGCUGGCUUUUUUUAAUCUGCUGAGAGUUCAUAUUGUCUUUCUUUAAUGUGUGUUACUUUCUACUAGUUUUAUUUAUGGCUGUCCGUUGUAUACAUUGUGUGGAAAAGACUUUUUAUUGUCCUUUUUACUUUGUUUUAUAUAUCUUUCAUAAAGACCUGUAUUUGUAUUUUAGUGCUUGCGUUGAAUUAAUUGCAAAAGAGCAGAUGAUGUCAUAGUUAAAGUAUGAUGUCAUAAUUAUGUUUUUGGUUAUAUGUCAUUUAUUUUCCCCCGUCGCGAGAGGUCUACGUAUUAAUAAUCGGUUUUGUAGAUCAAGUAGGAGUCAUUCGCCCCUUUUGAAGUCACAUGGACCAAAUAUAUAGGGAUUGGGGGCUUUUCUCCCCUCGCUUUUUUAUUUUUCCCCCCAUCAAAUGACUGCCAAACUAUUACUGAAGCAAUAAAACCUGCCCAGUUAUCCUGACUAUGAGCCUAUUUUCAGUAUAGGGCUUUAGGUUGCCUAAAGAGGAGCCACUAGUGCCUGUUAAACAGUGUGUACAAUCUUUAAUUCACUCAUACUCCAUAAUCAGGCUCAUUUUUUUCCGUAUUCAUAGUAUUCAAAUUUUGGUUGUGCACUAUCUUUGCUCUAGGGCAGGGUUAGUCUGCCUGAAUACAAAUCUGAAAAAAGGUUACCAGCUACUUGAAAUUCAAAGGUGGAGGGCAAUCACGUCUUCAAUGUUGUUUAUUUUGUUUUGGUUUUUUUGCCCGAAUUGUGUUCCUCCUACAGCCCCUGUGACGGCAGUAGCGGUUGUCACAUGCUUUUGUGUUCUUUGUGUGUCACUCUUUAGCUGCAGGCAGCUCCGCCCACUGUCAUACAUGUAACAAAACUCGAACGACAACCUCUGAUGCUUUAGACGGUUUGUAUGCUGCAUGGUACCUUUAUUAUGUUACACGUGUAAUAGUCAAUUGCACUAUUGUUUGUACAGCUAACUUAAAUGUGCAAUAAUGCAAAAUGAUGAAUACUGUAUGUAAUAAAAAGCAGCACCAUUACAACAUCA